AUGCCUGGGAACAUCAUAAGCCUCAGUGUGGAGGACAUUGAGGCGUGGCCGAAGCCGAACUACAUCGAUCCGGACCGAAGGCAGUGGAUGCCAGAGUAUGCAGGCGUACUCUAUGGAACCGCAACACUCAUGGUGGGCACUCGCCUUUGGUUGCGGGGAAUGCAACGGAGYGGGGGCUUCGGGAUUGACGAUGCGUUCUUGCUAGGCUCCUGGUUUGCACUUACCUGGUUCACAACACUGGCCAUCUUGGGAUCAGAGAAAUACAACACCUCGCGGCACCUAUGGGACGUGCCGGUUGCUUCAUACGUCGACAUGGCGAGGAUAGCAUGGGUGGGGGAGUUGGCCUUUCUUGUUGUUGGAUGUCUAGUGAAAGUCUCGGUCCUAUUGUUCUACAGGAGACUCGUACGUGACACCUUCUCUGCGGCAUGGAAGUGGGCUGUCGUGGCCGCCAUUACAUUCACGGUGGCUUACACUGUGGCCUUCAUCUUGGCUCUGGUCUUCAACUGCUCUCCCACAAACGCCUACUGGCAAGGCUUUGAUCCGGGAUACACCAAUCACUACACCUGCGCCGACACCCGGAUCAUCAACUCACUCUCUGGAAUUGUGGGUAUCGUGGGUGAUCUAUACUCGGUCGCCUUACCAUGUAUCAUGACCCGCAACCUCACGCUGCCCGUUGCACAAAAGAUCGGAUUAUACGUCAUUUUCUGCCUCGGCCUGUUGGUCGCGGGCGCCUGUUGCAUGAGGACCUACUACCUACACUCCGUCGGAUCCAAUCCGGACAUUAGCUGGAACAUCUUCGAUGUGUUCGUCUGGGCUCAACUAGAGCUUAGUCUGAGCUUGAUGUGUGCUUCAGCGCCUGCCCUCAGGGUGCUAUUCCGAGAGUACUUUUCCGACACUAUGAGCAAGGCAAAGAGAUCUGGGUUGAGUAGCGAAAGCAGGAAGCGAUCAGACGCGGGGUUCUCUACAAGGAAGCAGAUCACCGGGUCCCAAGAGGCACUGCACUACGAUCCUGAUCUUGAGCAAAUUGCCUUCAGUCCGAGGGCUGGGGAAGAAGAAAGCGAUAAGACCAUGCUUGUCACGACGAGACCAGUGGAGGCCUUCGACAUGACUUCUAUCGACCGCGAGAAUAWCAAUGCGCACUUGGCCGAGGCGUAUCGGCAAUCUAGUAAUGUAAUGCUCUCUUAUGACUGGUCAAGAGGAAGUGCUGGGAAAUACAGCUGGUUACAGACACCGGAAGGGCGCAGGAUGCUCUAG